AUGCUAUAUAGUGAAAUGUGUAAAGAAAAACGUGAAAAAUCUGUACAAACUGAUAGUAAAGUGGGCGGUUCUGAAAAGACUCAAACACCAAUGAAGAUUAUUUUAACCCCUUUUGCUUUGCUUUUUUGCCUCUUAACAGGCCGAUUUAAUGCUUUAUUGGCAGAUGCUGCUGAUAACAGCCAGAACCAACUAACGGAAUAUGAGUUAAAACUGGAAACCAGGGAUAAAACAACAAACUGCAAUUAUUUAAAGGUUUCAGUAGAUGGUUUGGAAUCCCAUAUGUUGUACAGCAAUUCAACUUCAGUUGCCACCAAGGUCACCGACGGAUCCAACCAGGUGUGGGAAAAACAAGGUGAUGAUAAGUGUAUCGGAGCUCUGUUAACUUAUAAAGGAGACCAAAAGCUGUUGCUCAUGUUAGUUAUAAUGAAAAAACUAGCCAUUGGCUCCGAACCACUUGAAACUGUUUUUUACAAAUUUGAAAACAACCAAUGGACAAAAACUGAUAAAAAUAAUUUCUAUCAAACGUUAAAAGACAAUAGAACUGAUGUAUCAAAUGCAAGUGCAGUGGAUAUAGAUGUUUCAGAAGCAAACAAAGGUUCCGAGCUGCUUAGUGCUGACGAAUGCCCUAUCGGUUUUAGUCUUACCUUAUUUAUACCAAAUGAAAAACAAAAAAUUGCAAACUUAAGUGACGGAACAAAUAAAAUAGUAGAAGGUCAAAAUGAUCAAUAUCCAUUGUAUUUUUUGCUUGCAAAAAAGGUAAAAAAUAAUAAUGUAAAACAAUUCGGAUUGGCAGUCAUAAGAACUAAUAAUGGAUACGAAGAUAAAUUCUACAAAUAUGAUAGUAACAAGUGGGAAUUGACAGACUACAGUGGACUAAAAAAUUAUAUUAUUAAAGCGGUUGGUUUUGGAAUGUUAAGAGGAUCUGGUGGUGGAUCAAAAAAGAAUGGAAAAUAA